AUGCAAAAUGGACAGUCUGACCGUCCAUUCUUGCACGGCUCAUCUAAUCUUAUCUUUGCUGGGACAAUACUGAACCGUCAUUGCAACACCUUACCAUAUUGUUGUGUAACCAAGGUCAAGAUCCUCGCUCAGAUACUGGGUCAGCAACCACUGCCAACAGAGCUGAUGGAUUUUCAUGCCCAACUGGUGGGUAUCCUAAGCACGCUCACUCCUGCUGACCUCUCUGCACUGCUAGACAAAGUGGCUCCAUCCUCAAUGGUUCCAUUGUCACUCUCUGACAGCCCACCUUAUGUCACCAUGCAUCAAGAUCUAACAACAUCAUCCCCAGCCCGCUUUGGUGAGGAGCAAACUCAAGCUGACGAGUCCAAAUUGCAGACCAAUCAAUCUCUGCAACAAUCUCUGGCGGUGAUACGCUCACAAAGACGCCAACCACGUCAACACCCGUGUGCUGCUGCAGCUUCUACUCCUACUCUUGCACAUCGAUCUUGUCGAUCUCCAUCUCCUGCAUAUCAACAACCUGCUCCAGCCCCUGCUCCAGCUCCUGCACAUUGA